AUGCUCACUUCUGGGCGACGCGCAUCGUGCUUUGAGCCAUGCGCUUGCACACGCAACUACAGUUUCCAGGAUGAAAGUCUUUUGUUCUAUGGCUCCGCAGGCGCCGAGCAGGACAUGUCGGAAGCGUGCGCUCAGCUACGCUUUGGGGACGACAUGGUGGCUGAGGGCGAGGUGUCCGGGGGUGUCAUCGGCCCCGAAACCGCUGCUCUUGGCGGUCGCGGUGUUGCUGGCGGAGGUGGCCGCGCUGCGGUAGCGGGCAGAGCAGCCGCCAUGGUGGCCGCCGCAGCUGCCACGGCAGGGGUGACUGCAGUGACGGCAUGGCGGCGGCCGUCGGCGGCUCUGGCGCCAGGAGCGCCUGCUGCCGUCAUGGCUCGCGGAGAAGAACUCCUUUCAGCGGCUGACGGCGUCGCCGGUGGCGGAGGCUUCGGCGGGGCCAUCGCGUCUUCGCCAAUCAGUUUAGCUCUGGCGCGACCCGUGACAAGUCGGCCCAUGGCGGCCAUGACCGAUUUCGCAGCAGCUGCGGUGCUACCCCUUCGGGAAGUCCGUACCGCUGGCAACCUCACUGAUGCGGGCCUGGCCAUGGGCAGGAGCUUCCGAGUGGGCUGGGGCCCGGAGGGGAGGCUUGUCGUGCCAGGAGCAGCUGAUGCUGCGACAGCGACGGAGAUUUGCGUUACGCGAGUGCGUGUGGAGGGUGAAGGUGCAGCGUACGGCGAGGCGUCGUAUGGUUCCGGUGCCAUCAGUGCUGGCUCAGAGGAGGCGGAGGCGCUGGAGGCGCUCCGAGACCGGCUGCGCGCUGGACUGGAAGUUCAUCUGGCUGCGAGUCAGCCGCAAAAGGCUGCUGCCGAUUGCGAUAAUCAGGACGCGGCCGCCAGUGGCGACUCAAUCGUGCCGCACUGGCGUCUUGCUGUCGACUCGCGUGAGCUAACGGUGCUUGUCGAGCGGCACGUGCGUGUGUGUGAAAAGCAGCUGCAGCAGCUGACGGGCGGCAGUGGUGCUAGUGGCGGGGCUGACGGCGCUGGACGCAGCGGCUGCGGCGGGGCUGCCGUCGAUGGUGACGUCGAUCAUCCAGACGCGCGGCGGCUGCGCCACGAGAUCGAGACCUGGCGGCUUGUGGAAACGCUCUUUGCCAAAAUUGACGGUGAAGUUCCUUCAGAUGGCACCGCCGGUGACGAGGCCGAGCAGGGGUCGCCGCCAGGUGCGACGCAGGUGCCACUGCGGCUGACAACCGGCUCGCCGCUGGUUCCCGCCAGCCGUGGCGCCGGCGACAUGAUGGUCCUGUCGACACCACCGUCGAAGUCUCUGCCCUCUGCGUCGGCAAAAGAUGCUGCGGUAUUGCCGCCUGAGUACGAAAUGAAUGAUGAAGGCGACGGCGAAGCAAGUGACGUUGAAGCUGGCGAAGCUGGCGGCGGCGGCGAUGCUUCACGUCUGUCGUCUCAGCGUCCGAUGCCUUCGCCGACACUGCUGGCGGCUCACCAGCGCCGUGCGCAGCUGAGUCUGUGGCUACAGCGUCAGGCGCGACGACGAGUCGAGGAGGACCUGCUAACUGCUAGCAGCUGUGCUGCGGUUGUGCUGCAGCUCUUGGCGGGGCACCAACUGGGGGCGGCGGUGGGAGCGGCGGUGGCGGGAGGUGACCCGCGGUUAGCCAUGCUCAUUGCACGCCUGAUGGUUUGGCAGCAGUCGGGCUUCCUGGAGCACAUGGUUCCGGAGCGGCUGGCUGCGUAUCAGCUGCUGUCAGGGGAGGUGCUGGAGCCGCAGCGCCUGAUGUCGCUGGACUGGAGGCGGCUGCUCGGGCUUUACCUCUGGUACGGCACCCCAAACACCAAGUCGCCAGUCACCGCCGUGAACCAGUACAUGAUGGACCGCCAUGCCGAGCCCAGUAUCGUGCCACACCCCGCACCGUACCAUGUGGAAGGGCUGCAGCCAUCAGCUACCGGCGCCGUCGCCGGCAGUAGCGCUGCCACGUCGGGAUCAACCGACGUGCAAUGGGAGCUGCUACAGCUGUGGGCAACGACACCGGCGGCGGCGACGGCGGACUGUCUGGCAUCGGGACAGGAGGCGACGGCGACGGGUGUGGCGGCCGCGGCGGCGCGUGCGUUAGGGGCCUGGCUUGCCGGUGGCGGCUGUAGCAGGCUGUUGCGGUGCUCGGGAUAUAGUCCUAAUCCGCUGGACCACAGCUUGGCCUGGUACUUGAUGACGGCGCUGCAGGCAGCCGGGGUUUUGCCCAGGCCGCGAACCCUCGGAGGCAUUGACGACGGCCACGGCGCGUCUGCCGCAGCGUACGACAACGAGAUGCUUACCACCACUCUGGAGUUCAUUUCCCAGCUGCAGCUCGCGGGCGGUUUGUGCGAGUGGGCGGUGUUUGUGGCGCUGACCAUCCCUGACCUGGAGGAGGGCGGUCCCGCCGUUCGGCAGCGGGUGGUGCAGGAGCUUCUGGCGCUGACAGUGCCCGAGUGGGCGGGUGACAGCUCCCGAGAGCUGUUCCUCGAGGGGACUCUCUCCGUUCCGGAACAGUUGCUGGCGAAAGCGCGCGCCACGUGGGCGCAGUACACGCGCGACGAUGACGCGCGAUGUGCAGCGCUGCUGGCGGCCGGUGAUGCCGCCGCUGCACAUGACGUCUUUGUCUCGUCUGUCGCGCCGGCGCUCUUCCUGUCCGGCGCUUGGGACGAGCUUGCGCGCCUUGUUGCGGACUUGGAGCCCGCUGCCACGGCCAUCCCGUCGUGGUCGACUGGCGGCGGCCUGUAUGGCGGCUAUUUGGCGAUCUUUGGCCGUCAACUAGUGGCGGCGACGGUGGCGGCGGCAGGGUCCGUUGGCAGCGGUGGCGGCGCCGCCCCAGCAAUGCCUGAGGGUGUGACUCUGGAGGCGCUUAUUGAGUUCGCAAUGCACGUCCAGGAGGCCCAGAUGGCAUUGAACGCUGCUGGUAGCGGCGAUAUGGUUGCUGCUGGGGGUUGUGUUGGCGGCGCGGCGACACCGCAGGCUCUUGACGAGACAGCUGAGCGGUCAAGGCUGCGGCGGCGGCUAGUGCUGAGCCGCAUUUCUGCGCGCUUGCACGGGGCCCUCAUGUCGGUUUCGGCGACAGCUGUGGCGGUGCAGGCGGAUGGCGGUACCAGCGGCCCCGCCGCUGAUUUGGAGGCCCGUUGCGCGGGGCUGCAGUCCGCCCUGGCUCUGCAGGGCUGCCUGGUAGCGGAGUUGCAACUGGGCGGGGUAGCGGUGGCUGUGGCGGAAGCAGGCGCAAGGGUAGCCUGCUCGUCGUAG